AUGUCUGAGGAAUUGAAAGAAACACAUACAGUAGAAGAACCAACGAGGCAAAACGAUGAAGUCGCCGUAGCCGUUGUAGCCGAUAACAAUGACAAGAAUCAAAAUGAUUCCCGUAACAAACCUGAGAAAAAAAGGAGGAAAAGAAGAAAUUAUGAUGCGUACGAUGAAGAAGUUGCCAAAGAAGAGGCUGAAGAGAAAACCCAAAAGAAAUUGAAGACUGAUUCAAGUAAGGGAGAUCAAGGUGAGAUCAUCGAUGAGGAUGCUUCAGAUUUAGAUGAUGCCAAGUUGGAUAUGCUUAUGGGGAAAGAUGUUGAUGAAGAAGAGGAUGAUUUAGCAGAAAUUGAUACGUCAAAUAUCAUCACUGGUGGUAGAAGAACGCGUGGUAAAGUCAUUGAUUUCAAGAAGACCGCUGAAAAAUUGGAAGGUAAGAAAGAAGAAGAAGCUGCUAUGCCAACAAAUGAAGAUGACGAUGAAGAGGAAGAUCCAGAUGUAGAAUUUAAAGAAUAG